CAGGAGUUUCUCCGACAGCUGGGGAGCUGUUCAUGCGUGCUUUUUUCACCUGUACCGUUGAUCAUUUGAACUAAUUAAAGGUCUAGAUUUAACAAUGGGAGACAAGAAGAGUCCCACAAGGCCGAAGCGGCAGUCCAAGCCGUUCACCGAUGAUGGGUUCUGGGACUGCAGCGUGUGUACGUUCAAGAACAGCGCUGAGGCGUUCAAGUGCUCGAUGUGUGAUGUGAGGAAGGGGACUUCAACCCGAAAACCACGGCCUGUUUCUCAGCUUGUCGUACAGGUAAAUCAACAGUUUGCCUCGCCGACGCAUCCCAAAAAGGAGAAGAAGGAAAAAUCUGAGAAGGACAAAAGUGAAAAGGAUACAACACUAAAAAAGAAAAACCAGAAAAGGAUGAGCAGGCCCAGGCUAAAGAACAUAGACAGGAGCAGCGCCCAGCAUCUGGAAGUCACAGUUGGAGACUUGACUGUAAUUAUCACAGACUUUAAAGAGAAAGUUAAACCCACAUCUUCUUCGGCGAGCGCCGCCUCAGCUGACCAGCACAGCCAAAGUGGCUCAAGCUCUGAUAACACGGAGCGAGGAGUCUCCAGAAGCUCAUCGCCCCGUGCAGAGACUUCAUCCAUCAACGGAGAGAUUCACUAACCCUCACCGUCUGCACUCUCAACAGUCUGUCAGAAAAUAAACUUCAUCAUGCACAGUUUUUUUCUAAAUUAAACCUUUAAAUGGUAGCAUUCACUUCCACUUAAGGUCGUAUGUUUCACUGCCUUCCCUGUGUUUUACCUUGACUGAUUGAUUCCAGAUACCCCUGCAGCUAAAACUGUUCUGAUGAACUGAAGAGAGAGCAGUAGCAUUAAAAGUUGGAUGUCGUUAUAUGACUGCGGCACAUUUCCUGGUGCUUUAACAGUGUUAGAUCUGUGUCACGGGCUGGUGUUAGUCCCUGCACAGAAUAAUAGGUCGUGAAGGAAAUGUGUCAGCAUGUUUUUUUUUUUCUUUUUCUCAACAUUAUUUGCACUUGUUGCCAAUCCUGUGUUUGUAACGACUUUAGCAUUAUUUUUAUGUUGCUGUUAAAACACUGUUGGUUACUUGCCUUUUUCGGCAUAUGUCCUUAUCCUAUUGAAUGCAAUAACGUUUUUAUUAUCUUAUCAUUGGAGUACAGUUUGACUGAGCAAGCUUUACUCUCAGUUGGUACAGUUUAGAAUGAUUUACUCUAUAGAUGGUUUAUAUUGUAAAAUAUUAAAGAAAUCAUAGAUACACAAAUGUUUCUGAAUUUAUAUAUGACACUGUGUUUCUAUCUGGUACUUGCAUAUUUUCUCAUCCUGCAAUCAUCUUUAAGAUAUGCAGCUUUUCUUCACAUCUGUAAUUAAAAUGCUGUCCACUGGGAUUUAUAAUGGUGAAUAAUCCAUAUAGCUUAAUAUUUUUAGGGUAAAUUUAAAGGUUUGAGGCUUGAAUAUGGAACUACUCAUCCUGGUUUCUAUCAAUUUAUAUCCUGGUUCUCUUUUAUGCGUGCAUCUGACUGCAACAUAAUGAAC